GGACCCAACCGCAAGUGGGAAAAUAAAGAAAUAAAAUGAAAGUCCCUCCCUUUUUCCUGCCUCUCCUUCUGUUCUUUCUAUCUAAGAAAUGGUCCAAAUGGUCCACCUCUCAUGUCUUUCCUCUCCCAAAAGCAAAGAUUCAGCUGUUGAGAACAUCAUCUCCCAGGCCAUUGAACUCUGUUCUUGAACAGGUUUCAUCUCUCAAUUCCCCCCACUUUCUCAGAUUCUGUUCUGCCCCACUCAUCUCGAAAUCAGAUUCCACAAGCUCAAGUCAUUCCCAGCAGCAAAUCCCAAGAUCAAAAUCCCUUCUCCAUGUCUCAAUUCGAUGAACCAAAAGAACACCCAGAAGCUUAAAUCAAUGUGGGAAAACACCCUAUGCAUCUCCUGAAAAAGAGACCUGUUUCUGCUCUCAGUUUCUGUCCAUUGAAUCUGCAAAACCUGAUUUGUGUUCUAAAUUCCUACUCCAAAAUUGAUAACUAGGUCUGCUUUGCCACCUUUGAUCUCAUCCCCUUCCUCCAUGGAACCUUCUUCCCCUCCCCGACAGACCUGCUGCUUCUGGUGUUCUCCGAAGAGGGUGCCUGGGAAGAAGGGCAAGGAAGAUGGCAUCAUGGGCUUCGAACUCGAAAGCGGAGGCUGGGGAAAGAAUGAUGAGAUCUUAUCAGAUUUGAGCACCUUCUCACUGAAAGAACAGCAGCAGAGGCUGAAGAAGGCGUUGAAGGAGGAAGAGAAAGUUAACCAGGAGGCCGAGAAGGUGGUGAACUGGGUGAAGCAAGCAUCUGCAAGGAUGGACGUUUCUGUUGUUGAAGAUUCGCUACGCCAUGAUGAAAAAAUCAAGUGAAGAUGGGUUCUUUUCACUUAUCAUGUAGGAAGGUUCCCUGAUGAAGAAAUUUUCAGGUUAUAUAUAGUGAUUCUACUACCACAAGCAUGUUCUAUAAAGUGUUACUUGGUUUUGCAGUGUGAUCCAUAUGCAUAUAAUAUACUGUAAGGACGGAUCUAUUCAAUCUAUAGCAAAAUACAUAAGAA